AUGUCGGAAGCAACUGCUGCUGCUGCACAUGCCACUGCUGCUCCAGCCGCUGAGGCAUUCGCUAAGAAGCCAGAGAAGGGAACUGAAGUCUACGCAGUACAGAAGGACAACAGCUGCACAAGGCUGGGCCUCAGGAGCCUGGACAAAGGCAGCACAAGAGGACUUGGUACUUCUAGCUCCUUUAAACUCAACAACACUGCCCAGAAGCCCAGAUUAGCUGUGGCUGUGAAGGAAAUCCCACGGCAAGCCAAGAAACUGGCAGCCACCGUGGCCAAGAAAGCAGGCUAGAACUUAGAGAAUAUGAGCGCUGACAGACCAAAAAGCAAAGAUCCAGCUAAGGGCAAGACCGUGAAACCCAAGGCUACCAAACCCAAGGCAGAGAAAUCGAAAGUGGCCUCAGGCUGA